AUGGACACCGGCGGCGGCGCCUCAUCGCCUCUCACACAGACAACUUCCAUAAUACACUGUUGUCUUCCUGUGCUUUUCCACCUCCGCCAGUUAUCGAGUGGAGCCCGGAGGCAUAUGACCGAAGAGGGAGAAGGAGGAGGGGGGAGAUCGGGAUUGAUAAUUAACUGAGGUACCUGAAUCGGUGACGAGAGAGGGAGAGGGGGAGAGGGAGAGAGAGAGAGAGAGAGAGAGAGAGAGAAAGAGAGAGAGAGGCGGGCCGGAGAGAAGAGAGGGAGGAAGAUAGAGAGAGGGAGAGGGAGGUCUUGGCUCUUGUGUUGCUGAGGCUCUUUGAUUCAGUGGCAGUGGCUGAGACAUCCCUGUUUUACCGGCCAUCACUAACCCGCGUAACUAAGAGACACGGUCAUACUCACGAACAACCGCUCAUGGUAAAGAAAAGGCCAAUUUCCCUGGAGGACAUCGGGUCGUUGUCACGUCUCUGCAGCCCAAAAGCAAAGAAGACGCCUAUUCAAAGCGAAUUUCUGUAAGAAAACGAGCUCAGUGGUGGAUGACAACAAAGUCUGAAGAUACACAAGAUGCGAGAAAGCUGCCAGUCAAAGUUCGUCAGUGAGAGCUCGACGCUUAAAGGAGCACCUGCGAUGAAGAAACCCGCAAGAAGCUCCACUCGGUAAGAGGUGGAAGAGUGACGCUGAGAGAGAAAAGACAGAAGAGUGGAGGCAAAAGGACAAACAUCAGCGCGUCCUCAAAUGAUGGGGAUAAAGCACCUUCUGCUUCUUUUGAUUUACUUAGACCCACUGAAUGUCCUGUGCGCCGCCACCGCCAACAAGAAGACCAGAACCCCGCCGAGGAGGCCCCCAAAGGUGAAGGAGGUCAACGGCAGCACCACAGCGGUCCCGGCGGCCGUGGCCGUCCCGGGGAAGAUCACGCAGCUCCAGGCUCCCUCGGUCGUCCAGCACGACACCUGCCUGGGCUACUACGACGUGAGCGGGCAGUACGACAAAGAGUUCGCCUGCAACAACACCGACCACCGCUUCUGCUGCGGCAGCUGCUUCCUGCGCUUCUGCUGCGCGGACCGGGGGAAGCGGCUGGAGCAGCGGAGCUGCACCAACUACAACACCCCGGACUGGAUCAAAACCCAGGCCCCGUCUCCGGCGCCCACAGGUGACACGUACGACCCGGAGCUGGACCAGACCAACGCCACGGUGUACAUCACCUGCGGGGUCAUAGCGCUCAUCAUUGCCAUUGGGAUUUCUGCAAAAGUUGCCUAUGAUAAAGCCACCAAGCCUCCUCAGGAAAUGAAUGUGCACAGAGCCCUGGCAGACAUUCUGAGGCAACAAGGACCAGUUCCAAUAUCUCAGUAUGAACAUGAAAACAUUGCAGCAUUUGACGGGUCACCCAAAGACGAAACACCGGUCAGAACCUUGAAGAAUCAUUACACACCUGUUCACACCAAGGCAUCCAACCACGGCCACUAUGGGAAAGAGAACCUUCGCAGCGGCGGCCAAGACAUGCACAACUUCAUCUCCUCCGGGUUUGUGACGCUUGGACGUGGCCACUUAAAAGCGCAGCACUCCAUCGACGAAUCGGGGCAGAUGUCCUGGCAGGGCGAUCUGGACAUCCCCAUGUCCUACGGAAACCACCACCACGACUAUCAGCACAGCCACCUGGACCUGACAGCGCUCACACCUAAACUAGCCCACAGACAAAUGAGAUACGAAAGACCCCAGCGGAUGAACAACAUCCUGACCUCAGCCACAGAGCCCUACGACGUGUCCCUCUCCAGAUCCUUCCAGAACCUCAGCCAUCUGCCGCCCUCCUACGAGCUAGCCCUCAAGCCUGACUUAACUGAUAAGGAUGUCGAGGAGUACUACACAAGGAAACAUCAUCAUCCUGACUUCGGUGGCCGGGGACCGACCCACAUGGUGAAGCUGAAUGCUGAUCCUGUGCAGCAUCAGCAGCACCAGCAGCAUCAGCAGCACCAGCAGCACCAGCAGCAGCGGCAGCGGCCCCGCAGAGUCCAGAGGGCUAUGUCCCAGGACCACGUCCUGUCUCCUCCCAGGACACCGCGACGCGGAGACUAUGGCUUAUCUUCAUAUGGCGUCAUGGCAGCAGCUGCGUAUGGAAGCAGCCGACACCUCUCAGAGGAGCAGCUACUGUCAGCGGACCGCCUCCUUUCCCAGGAUCCCUUGCUGUCCCCGGCAAUGAGGCGUGACAAGUUCCGGGAGAAGGCAAUGGCGCGUGCCAUGUCUCACGCCGACAUGCUGCUGCCAACCACGCCUGUCAUGGACCGCCAUAAGAUGGCGAAGAUGCACUCUCAACCCAGUGCCUCUAAUGAUUCCUACAACACACUGACGGUCAACCACCAAGCGCCCACGUCUAAGAGGCAGGCGUUUGCCUCCCGACGAACACACACAGUGGACCACCUACAGUACAUUCCCGGCCACCAACACACAUACCGCACUGCCAGUAAGAACGAGGUAACUGUUUAACCACUGAGUAGAAGGAAUCCUGUGACACACCACGGACAAUUAUCUUGUUAGAACAACCUCCUGCAUUAAACACUUCCUGCUUUUUAGCACAAGCUUCCUGUGUCAUCCAUAUUUUUGGGUAACUAGAAUCAACCUUAGCAAAGACUUUUCUCUCUUAGAGCAUCAUAAGGGCUUUGAGUGUUGACACAGAGGGAUCCUUCAUGUCAAUCAAGUGACAGCGUGAAGAAAAUAUUUUUUAAACUGGACGUCGGACUGGAAGGGAAUUGUAUCAACUUUAUAAAUAUAUAAAUAUAUUUACUAUUUGUAUUUUCAGUCCUUGUUAUAGCUUUAGAGAUUCUUAUUGACUCAUGUAAGCACUUCAAAUGGUGCCUCUAAAAAUCGUCCCAUUUCAGUGAUGAAGUGGAUUUGUGGGUUAAAAAGCACAAUUAAUGAAUUCACUUUUGUUCGUUUAGUUUUACUCUCUUCUUUGAUUUAAAAAUGGCCAGAACAUAUCAGCUCAUUAGUGAAAACAGAGGUUAUUUCUGUUGCAUACAAUAGAUGAUGUAAAUAGGCUAUAUUAGCAGCAUUAAAAGAAAAAAGCUGGUCCUUUGGCGUUAUUAUUUAAUUUUUUCUUCUCCCACCUGGAAUCUAUAAUGGAUUCACAAUUAAUUAUUUUUAUUCUAGAUAAGUCAAAGAUCCCAAAUAAAUAUUAUUUCCACGAAUAUCAAAGAAAUAUGUGGCUCUAAUAUGUAUAAGGGGAACUUUUGUUUUCUUUCCUAACUGUGCUUGUAGCAUAGAACGGUUGUGUAUGAAGUAACCUCUCACUCCUGUCGCUUGGCACUUUCAGUCUGCAGAUGUUGAUCCACAGACUAAAAUGGAGCCUGAUGGUUGGAUUUGUUGAAUUUACCUAAUUUCUUACUUAUUACUUCAUUACUUUUUCAUCCAUGUGAUGACUCUCGCCUGCCCACCCUGCUUUUUUUGUGAUUGGCCAGCUGCCUUCAUCUCUACAUAUCAGGUAAUCUGUGUCGGAACUAAGGGGCGUAUAGGUCCAGUUGUAGUUUUGUGUCGAUGUGAUGACUGAAACAAUCAAUACUGAAGAGAACGUCAUAGCUGCUCGUCAAUCAAGCAUUAUUUAAAACUGUGAACUGUUUGUCCAAAUGUUUUCAUUAAAGCAAUGCCUUAUUUUAUUGAAUCCCA